AGAAAAUAAAUUAUCAGAAUUAAGCCGUUUGUUUCAAAGAGUCUUUGUUUUUCUGUUAUUGAAGCACUCUGACUUUCUUUCGUUCCUCAGUGUUGUCAACAUCCGGUUUCACCCGGAAGUAAGUUGUGAAUGAAUGAAUGAUGACUGCUGGCGCAGUGUAAGAAAGUAAUUUUUGUACAGAAUUUGGGGGCAACCAUGGAUACUACCAGGAAUUUUACCAAGGUGACGGUGAGGAAUCCAGUGACACAUGAUCAAGAAGAGACAGGAAAAUACACAUCAUAUGAGAUACUUCUUGAGACUUCCAGUAUUGCAUUCACCCACCCUUCAUCAGUAGUAAGAAGGAGAUACAGAGAGUUUGACUGGCUGAAAAAACAGCUCAAAAUGAAUCAUCCUUUCCACUCCCCACCUAGUCUUCCUCCCAAGAAAUGGGACAAAUUUGAACCCCACUGCAUAGUUGAUAGAUGCAGAGGAUUAGAACAGUUCCUCAAAGAUUGUUGUUCCCAGACGGUUUACCUGUCGGACAGUUUAUUCCACCUGUUCCUGCAGUCGUCACUGUCCACCAAUGAGAUGAUGCAUGUGGUGUACGGGAAAGGCAAUGACAGGAGCGUCCUGGAUGAGAUUCUACACUCUGGCUGUGCCUUUGACAACUCCCAUUCCGGCAACCCAGGAACAUCCAGCUCCAUCAACACAGAGUGCGAGGUCAUAGUACAUAGAGAAGAGGACGCUACAUAAUCAUGUGACCAGAUCACAUGAUAGUCAUGUGAGCAGUAUCAAUGUGCCAUUUACAGUUACAAGGGACCAGUAUAAGAUAUGAAGCCUAGAUAGAAUGAGGCAAACAAGGCACUUACUUCUUCUGAAAAAAAUCUCCACAUUUUGUUUGCUGAUACUGGUCAGUGAAGCAUGGUCACAUGAUGAUGGUCAGUUGUGAUCCAUCCCCCCUGAGUCAAUUUAACAUUCCAAAGUGUAUAUUGGUCACAAAUGCUAAAAUUCCUGCAAUUACUUGUUUUUGGAAUGAAAGCCAAUUUAACAUUGUAUGAUUAAUAUUAUUUCAUUGUGCAAAAAUAUGAAUCUCUUCCAAAUUUCUUAACUGAACAAAUGUUACCUAGUACACACUUAAAUUUUAUUAUUCUUUUUUUGUCUGUUGCUGAUUUUUAAAACUUAAUAUAUUAUGGAAUUUAUUCUUCAUUUGUUGAAUUCAUACAUUCAACUUUAUCUUAAGGUGACUUGUAUAAGGUGUCACAUUUUACACAUAUUUUGAUUGAGCAUCUGCUUUUAUCUUUCUUAAUUUUACUCAUACUGUUUUAAUGUGCAAUAUGUUCAUGUUGCAAUAAUACAUUUUAUCCGUUUAUCAUAAAAUCAAAAUAACUUGCGUCGUCUGUGAAUUUUUUUUGUUUUGGUUAUUUUAAUGAUUAGUUAUUGUAUGUAGAGCAAAUGUAUAUACUUGUAAAUAAGAUGUAUUACAAU